AUAAGGUCUUCCUAAGGAUUUCUCCUUGGAAGGGUAUCAUCCGAUUUAUAUCGAGGGGAAAGCUUAACCCCAGAUACAUCGGUCCAUUUGAAAUCCUUGAAAGGAUAGGGGCCGUGGCAUACCGUCUCAAGUUGACGCCAGAACUUGAGAGGAUACACGAUGUGUUUCAUGUAUCGAUGCUCAAGAAAUACGUGAGAGAUCCAUCUCAUAUUCUUGAGAAGCCACUGGUGGAGAUACGUGAAGAUCUACAAUAUGCGGUGGAACCGGUAAAGAUUGUGGGUCAACAGGUGAAGAAACUGAGGAACAAGGAGAUUCCUGUGGUGAAGGUUCUUUGGAGGAGUGAUCGAGUCGAGGAAGAAACCUGGGAGACUGAGGUCUCAAUGAGGGAGCAGUACCCGUUUCUUUUCGAUUAGACACGUGGAUUUCGGGGACGAAAUCCCAAAUAAGGGGGGGUGAACUUGUAACACCGUCCCCAAGUGAAUUUACUUUUAAGUGAAUAUUGUACUUCACCUUAUUGAUUGGUUAACGGGUUUAUGAUGUUAUGAAUUUUUAUUAAUUCUAUUGCGGGAAUAGUAAAUUCGCACGUGGGGCCCACACCGGGAGCGGGGACUGCCCGAUAUUCCCGGGACCAAAUAUUUUAUUCAUCUUGGUCUAGAUAAUAUUUAUAUGGUGGUGGAUAUCUCAUUUGAGCAAUGAAAAGGCCCAGAGUUGACCGAUUGGCCAAAAGAGGCCCAAAUACCGGUAUUGGUAAUUUAACCGAUAAAAGCCCGAAAUGGAAUUUCAGAGACCUAUAAAUUAAAGUUGGGAAAUGUAUAUUCAUUAUAAAGGGUAUAAUGAUUAAGAACACAUAGUAUAUUUUAUUUGACCCGAUAAAAUAAAAUACAUUUAAAACAGUCCGAAAAAUACAACUUUCGGGACCGAUUGUACACUUCUGGACAAAAAGGGUUGACCUCCCACAUGGGUGGGGGCCAACCCACGAAUUUAGCUACCCAAAUUGAAGGGUGUGGCCGGUUGAUGUGUUAGAGGUGGAUGGGAGGGGAGUGUGAAGUGAGGGGAAAGGCAUCAAACAAAUAAUGUGGACCCUCCUCCCCCACUCCACUCAUACUAUUGAGACAAAGUAACACCCACCCCCUUGUCCCUUGAUCAUUUCGGCCAAACACCCACCCAGCAAGAGCAAGGAAACCCUCCACCUUCCCUCUCCAUUGUUGAAGAAAGCUCCAACAAGAAGGAAGCUCUAGGAAAAGGUUUAAGUUCCAAAAGUGUACAAAACUUGAGGAAAGACUAGGAACUUGAUUUAGAGUAUCUUUGAGCUUCGCCGGAGUUUCGCCGGAGUUGGUCAAAGUUGGCCGGAGUUGGUCAAAGUUUGCCAAAGUUCAACCGGGAAGCGUAGAACGCGCUUAAGCUCACUUAAGGUGAGGAUGACCGACUAUAUUGCUUAUAACCUUUGGGUUAAUUUCAUGAGAUUUCCUAAAUGAAUACACAAUGUGAUUUGCAUGGAUUAUUAAUGGUUAAAAAUGCCUAAAUGAAAUUACUAUUGAAUAUAAGUAUAGUUUGCAUAAUAUACAAAUUUAUUGAAUAAAUUGUGUACGUUUAUAUGUUAUGAAUAUGAUGGCAUGAUUGUAGUAUCAACCAUAAAUCCCAUUUGUGAUAAGUAUGCUUUUAUUUCAUGAGAGGAAGUCAUGAAAGAAUGAAAGUGAUAUUUUGAUAUUAAGGUCAAACUACAUAUUGAAUGAAGAAUUACAUUGAAAUGAGUAAAUAACUAGUAUUGAAAUAUUAGUUGGAAUUGUAGUUGAAUAAUG